AGAUAGAUUUUCUAACCCAUGAGUAUGAACUCUUUCGUAUGAAGGAGAACAAGAAAAUCGACGAUAUGUUUGAACGAUUUUCAAAAAUCGUAAAUGAUCUUCAUGCUCUCAAGAAGACAUACACGGACAAGGAGCUUGUGAGAAAAAUCCUGCGGAGUCUCACACCGGAAUGGCGCUCCAAAGCCGAUGCUAUCCAAGAAUCCAUCGGCAUCACCAAUGUCACCAUUGACGGGCUUAGAGGUAACCUCAAAACCUAUGAGUCUACAAUUCUUUACCCCUAUAUAGAUGAACAAAAGAAGAAUGGGAUUGCACUCAAGGCGUCCAUAAGUCAAGAACAUGAUGUGGAGGACUCGAGUGACAAAGACGAGUUCGGGGUCGUGCUUAAGAAAUUCCAUAAGUUCAUGCGCAAGGAGUUUGAACGAAAAAAAGAAGCAAGGAGAACCACCCAAAUGCUAUGGUGGUUCUGUCAAUUUGGUGUGAGGUCACCGGAGUUUAGAGCUAUUGUCGCCGGAAGUUUCGUCGGAAAAUCUUCAAAACCUCCAUUAUGCUUCGAGGACAAGAGCAGGGCUGCCACCUCCGGGAAAUCAAAGUCCAAAUCCCGGGCGCCUACGACAUCCACCGAGGAACGCCUCUACUACGGCGAUGGGUCGUACCUCUGGUUCGAUUCCGAGGAGGAGCGAACCCGCUUUCUCACGUUCUUCUCUAAACGGGUUGUGGCUCCCCCACGGAUCGUCCUGGAGCGCUUCCCGGAGCUACAGGGCUACGACGACCUCGACGCGCAGCUUCAUCAAGCCGGCCUUUGGCCAUUCGUCUCCCGGGCUCGGAAGGAGAUCAACCCGGCGCUGAUUCGGGUCUUCUACUCCAACCUCCGGCGUGAGGGCGACGUGCUCUACUCUCUUGUUAAGAGCACACCGAUAGAGUUUUCCGUUGAGCAGCUUGGGCGCAUCGCCGGCCUCCCCUACCAAGGCGACGACGUCUCCCAAUAUGGCGGAGAGGACUGGGUGCUCAACAACGAGGGCCUUAUCCUCACUGAGCUUGGCAUCACCGAGCUUAUCCGCCAUGCCUCGGGCCGCCCCACCAUUCACUCCGCAAACCCCGAGAGCCGGCUUCUUCUCUACAUCGUGUCUCGAAUCAUCAAGCCCCGGAAGCAUGGCCACACAAUUAUGUCCGGUGAGGAUCUCAAGCUCAUCCAUGCGAUCAUGCACUCGGCCCCAAUCAUUUGGGCAAAGUUUGUCAUGAUCACCAUCACGAUUGCCGCGUCCACCGACCACGAUCACCUCCUCCCGUACCCGUUCGUGGUGAUGGACAUCCUUGAACGGUUCAAGGUGACCACCACCGUUGGCCCACUCACGAAGGCCACGAAGAUUUGGGCGAUCAGCACCCAAACCUUCCAGAAGCGGCCGGACAACGCCGGACCUGCCACUGCCGUGCCACGGCGCCGUUCUGCUACUGGCCCAGCCGAACCCCAGGCCCGGGCCAACCUUGCCUCCAUCGCCGACUCCCUCAACCGGCUUCACUUCAAAGUUGACGGGAUGGAUGGCUACCUUGAGCGGCUCGACGAGGCUGUUCAACGCCAAGGGCACGCCAUGAACGCAUACUUCCAACGCAUUAACUACGUCCCCCGCCGUACCAUGGCACGUUCUUUGGGCAAGUGUACGUACAGGCUGUUCAGUGUUCGCGGCUCCGCCUUCUGCUCCAUCGCGACAUUGCUGCGCUCUCCGUUGAGCCUCGAUUAUCCCUUCUGUUAGUCUAUGCGAGCUCAAACGCCUCGGAUUCGCAAUUUGCAGAAGGUUUCCCCGCUCUCUUUUCCUUCUCGUUUUUUUUGCAUCCUGCUUUUAUUGCGAUUAAUUAAUAAUUAACUAGGCGGUUA